AUGAUAUCUUACCGGAUCUUGCUUUCGAGGUUUCUAAAAACUGGAAUACUCAUUUGUUUUGGUGAGUAAAAAAUGUAUUUACUCUGCUUUUGAAGAUGUUCAAAGGUAGCCAAAAAGAGACGACUGUGUAGAGCAUGAUUUUAGUUUUGGUUCUUUCUCUGGAAGUUUAAAUUAAAUGUAUUAUAAAAUUGAUUUUAAUGGGGUCUGUUUGUCACAAAGAAAGAAGUGUAAAGAGUCAGAUGAAAACUAAUACCCUGUUCACUCAAAGGCUAAAACAUAUUUUUAAGCUGUUAUGUUAAAUGCAGUCUAAAAUUGUUCUCUUCAUAAAAGUUGCCUAAACUGAUGUUUGUUCACUUCAGAUUCAGUACAAUAAAAAUGCAAAUUAGAGAUUACUUGAACUCCAUCCAAAAUUCAGUUUUCUGUUGCUGAUUUUCAUUCAUAGACAGUUAGGUCUCUUUUGUUGGUGUUAAUGCAUGGGGCAUCAUGUAAGCCAGCUUGAGUUGUUGUGAUGAAUACAGGGACAAAUUGUUUCUGUUGCCUUUACCUGGAUCAUGUAGCUUAGAUUUGUACAUAUAAUAAAGACUUAUGAGUCCUGGCCUAUACUGAAAAAAUAUCUGAUUUAAUGUGACCUGCUUUUUCCUCUCCAGCUCUUAUCUGCCUUUGUCCACUGUCAACGUCUCUCAAUGCAGAGCCCUUCCUAAUUUUUGGCAACACUGUUGACAUCCGGCGAGUGAGUCUUGAUGGAACUGGUUAUAACUAUGUUGUGCGAGGUUUAACAAAUGUUGUUGGUGUGGAUUUUGACAUAAAAACACAAAUGAUAUAUUGGUCUGACAUAGGUGUUAAGAAAAUUCAAAGGGUGUAUAUAAAUGAUGGGCUUGAUCCUGUGAAUAUUGAAGAUUUUAUAGUUGAAGACUUAGGAAUCCCAGAAGAUGUGGCCAUUGAUUGGACGGGUCGUAAGCUUUUUUGGACUGAUGCAAACAAGAAGAUUAUUGGUGUUAUAAAUCUAGAUGGCACACAGCGAAAGGCACUGAUUGCCACAGGUCAUGACAAACCAAGAGCAAUUGUACUUGAUCCAGCAGAUGACAAAGUGUAUUGGACAGAUUGGGGGACUGAGCCAAAAGUACUGAGAGCUAAAAUGAGUGAUGGUACACACAAAGAAGUUCUUGUAAAUUCAGGCAUUGUUUGGCCAAAUGGACUUACUUUAGACUAUGGUGAUAACAUGCUGUAUUGGGCAGAUGCCAACACAGAUAAGGUUGAGAAAUCCCAAUUGGAUGGUCAGAAUCGAAGGGUGCUCGUUGAUCGCACAAGGGUGUAUCAUCCUUAUGCUUUGACACAGUUUGGUGAUAGGCUAUAUUGGAGUGACUGGCAGCAGCAUAGUAUUGAACACUGUAAGAAGGAUUCUGGGGAUGACCGUGUCAGCAUCAAAGGAGGCAUGACAAGGCCUACAGCCUUACAUGUCUAUCAUCCUGACCGGCAACCUGGAGCAGGUAAUUUUCCCUUUCAAGGUUGUUCACAGAAAAUUUGGGAGAGGCAUGCUAGUUCUCUUAAGGGAGAAAAUGGCUGGUAAUUAGUUGUGUAGAUUACCUGACAAUAUGGUUAACAUGGCUUUGGACUCACAAGGAGCAGCAGUUUUCCUUCUGGCUUUAUGUUACAAAAGGAAGAUGAAGCUGGUGGCUAUGCAAGUCAUUCUUUUGUAUUUUAAAAGCACUUGAUAAAAUUCUUGGUCAUGUUGUUAGUCUACUUGCCUAGGUAGUGGUAACAAAUGAAAAACCUUUUUGCUUGGGUAAUGGUAUCAAAUGAAAAACCUUGCUUGGGUAGUGGUAUCGAGUGAAAAACCAUUUGCUUGGGUAGUGGUAUAAAAUAAAAAACCUUUUGGUUGGGUAUUGUAACAAAUGAGAAAGGUUUUGUUUGGGUUAUGGUAUUAACUGAAAAUAAUUUCUUGUUAUUGCUAAAUACUCUGCAUAUUACAUUUACACCUGGAUGAAACAUGUUACCCUGAGUUAUAUGAUGUGUUCAGGCCAGUUUUUAAACUCCCAUUUUAAUUCAAACCUUGGGAUGCUGAAAUGGGCACUUUAUUUGGAUCAGAUAGAAGGUUUAAACAAGAUGCUUGAAGAGCUCAGUUAAAAAAUACAGUGAGCUGUAGAAAACUUGCACAUACCAUCAAAAAGUCAAUGGCUGAUACUUGGCUUGCGUAAAUAUUACAGUUGAUUUGUACUUUUAUUUCUUCCAGAUUUUAAUGAAUGUGAGGAAAAUAAUGGGGGGUGCAGUCACACAUGCAUGGAUUUAAUUGGUGGAUACAAAUGCAUUUGUCCAUCUGGAUUUGAGCUGAAAUCUGACGAAAAGACAUGCCAAGGUAAUGAACAAAUGGUAAUUGCUUACCGGUAAUUGCAUGUAUAAACUUAUCAGUAUGUUGUUACAUGUCUAUGUGUAAAAAGAGACAGAACAAAUCUGGCAACUCAGCACAUUUAUUGAUAAGGAUUAGGACUACUCAUCUCACAGUGUGCCUAUGGUGCUGGAAAGUAAGGCUCUGAUGCAAAUAUACCUCCACACUUUUGUCUUGAUCACUCCUUGUAUCAUGAUAUUUGCAGAUAUAAAUGAGUGCAGCUAUAAUCGUGGAGGAUGUGAGCAACUGUGUAUCAAUUCUCCAGGAAAUUACACCUGUUCAUGUUUAACAGGAUACACUCUGCAGAGUGAUGGAAAAUCAUGUCAAGGUAUGGUAAAUGAAGUAUCCUAUGAGUGGCCCAGUGUUAAACCAGUAUGCUGAUUUAAUAUGUAGGGCUGAGCCAUGGAUUAGAGAGAAGGGGGUACUCAAUUAUUUUUUUCACCACAAUUGGCAGUAAUGUUGCAAUCUAAUUGACCAAUUUGCCCUUGUCUAUAAGAGUACAGACAACACUGCUUGCAUCAAUGUGUCACGCAAUGGUCACGCACUGAAAGAAACGUUUUAUAUGAUGUCAAUGUGGUGGUAAUAAAUGAAUGGACAGUGGUUUAGUGUGGUCUGUACUCUUAGUGACAACUGUAUUCAUCAUUAUAGUGGUCAAAAUUUUUUGCAGACUCACUUGGCUGCACUUCUUGGGUAAUCUAUUUUUCCAUUUGGUAUUUGCUAUUUUUGAAAGUAUUUUUGAUUUAACUGUUGUGUUAGAUGCUGAUGAGUGUCGCAUCAAUCAUGGAGGCUGUGAAUUCAGUUGUAACAAUACAGAGUCUUCGUACUACUGUUCCUGUCGCUCUGGCCACAUACUGGCAGCAGAUAAACACUCCUGUCUGGACAUAGAUGAAUGUCAGUCACUUACCCACCAGUGUCCUGGUAAAAAAUUUUUUCUGAUUAUCACUGAUUCAUUGAAAAAUAGGAUAUCAGGAUGGAACAUUGAUUAUCAAAAAGUUGAUGAUAAAGUAUUUUUUAAACUUCAUGGGAGAGGAAUAAAGUCUUGCAAAGGAUAUCCACGGUUUGGACACUUUUUAUUUUGUUUUAGAUCUUUGUGAGAACAAUCCUGGUUCCUACAAAUGUCUGUGCUCUCCAGGCUUGGCCUAUAAUCCAGUGAACAAGACCUGUGAUGACGUAAAUGAGUGUUUAACCAAUCAGAACUCCUGUAAACAGCGAUGCGUCAACACCAGAAGUAGCUUUCAUUGUGACUGUAACCCAGGCUUUUUCUUGAGUGGUGAUCAUGUGACGUGCUCAGAUGUUGAUGAAUGCAGCCAAUCAAAUCACUCCUGUCAGCACCAUUGCAUCAACACAUAUGGUUCUUACGUGUGCAGCUGUGACGCUGGUCAUACAUUAUCAGAUGAUGGACGUACAUGUGACACCUUGGAUUGUGGGAAGCCAGAUGGGAUGGCAGGAAUUGUGGUGAAGUGUGAUGGAACUCCGGAUCAGUACAGGUUGGAUGAAGAAAAAAUAAAACUCUUUUCUGUGUUGCACUUUACAUUCGAAAGUUAUAAUAAUGAUGAUAAAUAACUACGUUACGUACGCUAGCGUGCAAUUUUCAGCCAAGUGUUGGAAGUAAUCUGGGAUUGUACUGGAUUUGUUUUACUUCACUUUGUAAAUGGUCAGGAAAACUCGCGACGCUUUCUUGCGAUUGGCUGUUGAAAGAAAGUUAGGAAAAAAAAAGAAAAGAAAGAAAACGUCGCAAAAAAACAAUAUCCAGGAGUGUUGCUUCUCCUCCCUGGAGGGUACGCCAGUCUUUCAAAGGGUUAACAAACCCCACUCCCCUCCCUCAGCAUUUCGUCAGGUUUUUAGUGUGUCCAGUUUUUUCUCAUCAGCGAUAUUUGUUUCUGUAGCUCUGUUGACCGUUAGGAUAAAUUAGUUUAGACUCCUUGUUUUAACUGAGUGAUCAUCACGUUGCUUUUCAUCUUGUUAGGUUUGGUAAAUUGUGUACUCUAUCCUGCACUAAGGGAUUCCUGAUUGGUUCAAGUUUUAUCACGUGUCAAGCAUCGGGCCAGUGGAACGUCAUCACAGCCCAGUGCGCAAGUCAGCUCCCAGGCUCCAACAGCCUACCUCUCGGAAUCUUAUUAUCAUGGCGUUUUAUACCGGAAAACUCACCUGUUAACACUGUUGUAGGAAGACUUACAACAGUCGACAAUGACGAGACGCAGUUCUUUAAUUAUACUUUGAUUGAUGGUGCUGGUGUGUUUAAUGUUGAUAAUAAUGCGGGAACCUUGGUCCUUCAUGGAGACGUAGACUACGAGCGACAGUCAGUGUACAUGGUGAGCCUGAUUUCUACCGACGAUGGAGUACCACAACUGUCUGUCCAACAGAACCUGACUGUUUAUAUCACAGAUGUUAACGAACAACCAGGUAAGUGCGCAGGAGGUGGAUGCAUUUGAAUGCACUGUUGCCUGUAUCUCUUAGGACCAGUGAGCACAACUACGUUUCCAGGGUCCACUUUCUUUCUCUCUCGAGAAAGGAAGAGAGGAACGUGGGAAUGAUGUGUUAGUUUUUGACGGGCUUGUUUGAUGCUUUUCAAGCCACACUACUUGGGAAAUGCGAAGGGAUUUUGGGUGGCUAAGAGUUUUCCGAAGAUUGUGCAAGAAAGAUCUAAUCCGUAGAGCAUUCGAAAUGUAGGAGACAGCACAACUCGCAUGUGCAUACUCGCGGUGAGUUGAUCACCGCUUUUCAUUUAAUACUUUGAAAAGAAUCUUCUAGACCACACGUGAUAAAUGGAGAGCGCUAUGAAUUCUUAAUGGAACGCAUUCUCUCUCCCAUUAGAAAACGCGUUUCGUGACGUGACAGAACAAAGGCUUCGGAGGGAAUUAACCUAGACUGUAACUCAAAAGGAUGUUUAGAGACCUUUGUGAAAAUUGACUUUGAAAAGACUCUACUUUUCGUACUCCCUGCCAUAAGCCAAUCGAGUCGCUUGUUCAACUUUCCUUUACGAUGCAGAAAAUAAAACCCAUUGGGUCCCAGAUACCUUUUUUUUUGUGAAAAUAAGAAACAGAAUCUUUUUUUAAAAUUAAUGGUACCGUUGGAAUAUUUGAUUGUAGCUACGGAGGGAGGAUGGUGAAAUAUACCGUUUUAUCUUGUCCUGCAGGCCCCCCAACAUUAUCAUCAUCAGUUGUGUAUGAGAACGCCUCCAUUGGAACUGUCAUCGGUAUAAUGAAUUCUUCAGAUGUCGACUCUGGCCAAGAGAUCAGUUAUUCGCUACUCACUAAUGCUGGUGACAGAUUUCGUCUUGUUCGCAACGAACUGCGUCUCCAUUCGGAACUGAAUUACGAACAAACCAAUAGUUUUAUUGUGACAGUUGAGGCUAAAGACAGUGGUUCUCCACGACUUGCGAGUGUUUCGGUCCUCAACAUUGCCGUGAUUGACUGUAAUGACCCUCCAACGAAGCUUAUAUUCACGGGGAACCCAAUCCCUGAGUUUGGUGAACAUACUCCUGGAGGAACACAAAACGGGACCGUGAUAGGUAACUUCUCAACAGUGGACGAAGACAUUUGGCAGUCACACGUUUAUGAGAUCAUCAGUCCUAGCGGUCUGUUCUUUAUAAACGGCUCCUCUCUUGUAGUAGCUUGGGCAGAUGAACUGGACUACGAGUCACGUGACCUUGUCACUUUGAAAGUGAGCUCCACGGAUCCUCUUGGUGAAAGCGUGACGUCAUCCAUUCAGAUACGUUUGCUGGAUGUGAACGAAAAUCCAAGCGGUAUUUUAUUGUCUGCGGAUUCCUUCCUUGAGCAUGCGUCACCGGGCACCGUUGUAGGCUCUUUGAGCGCGCGGGAUCCGGAUCUUCACGAUAACCACACAUUCGAGCUACUUACCAAUCCCAACAGUGUCUUUUCGGUUGAAGGAAAAACUCUCAAAAUUGCCGUCGAUGUUGAUUUCGAAACAGCAACAGUAAAUCCUCUGUCAGUUCUCUUAAAAACUACCGAUAGUGCUGGACUGUCAUUUCAGCAAACUUUCAAUAUCACAGUCCUUGACAAGAACGAACCACCGACGAACAUUCUUUUCCACCCGAGAAAGCCUUGCGUAACUUCAGCUGGGAUAUGUGUGGAAGAGAAUCGUAAGAUUGGUUACCGCGUAGGAGAUAUCACUGCGAUAGAUUCAGAUAUCGGUGAUACUGUCACUUGUGAUGUGGUUAGCGGCAAUGUGUUUAAAAUUGAAAAUGAUGCUGUACUCGUCAACGGAGAUAUCAAUUUCGAGGCGUUAGAUAGUUCACAUCUCAUCAGUGUCGAAAUUAGAUGUAGAGACAAAGGAGGACUUGCUAUCGAAAAGAGUUAUAACAUCAGCGUUUUGGACGCUAAUGACGCUCCAAGUUCCGUGUCCUUGUCACACCAUAUUGUCAGCUCUAAUGCAUCAGUGGGUAGUCUCGUUGGGUCGUUUAUUGUUGUUGAUGAAGAUCAAAGUGAUUUCCACACCUGUUACCUAUUGGACCCAGACAGCUUAUUCCGGGUCUCCGGGAUUCAGUUAUUUGUGAAAAAACCGCUGACGAAUGCUACGUCGUCUCGCCAGCCCAUCCAUGUAUUUUGUAGUGACCAUCAACACAUCAGCUUUCCGACGACGUUAUUUAUCGAAGUAAGGAACAACCAGUUGUCAAAACAAAUAAAUAUCUCGUUGGACUCCACAGAUGUGAAGGAAAAUGAGCCUGCUGGCACUGUAGUGGGCCGUGUUACGGCCAAGGUUUUGAAUCCAAGUGAUUCCUUAGUGUUUCAGUUGGAUGAUGACGGCAAUGGAACGUUUGGGUUGGUCAGCGGUGCAUCGGUUAAUUUUAGGGAUCUGGUAACCACACGGCCGCUGGAUUAUGAGAUGGAGAGUGGGUACGAUGUCAUUAUCCGUGUAUAUGGUAAUGGAGGAGCGACGAAUUUUAGAGUGUUUCGUAUCCAAGUAAGACAUUCUCUUUGAAAUUUGAUCGAUUCAAUCAUGAAAAGGUGUUCUGAGGUGUAUUUUUAUGGUGAUUUUUUCCUAAAUGUUCUUGCACUCGUAGGUUGUUGACGUGUACGAAGCUCCAGAACACUUGGUACUUCACCAUAACUCCGUGGCAGAGAACCGGCUGGCGGGAACAUUGGUAGGUGUGAUCACUCUGAAGGACCCUCAGCUGAGCCUCCUGUCUAUUAAGCUGCUUAAUGGCCCAGCAUUUGAGGUAAGUGGAUUAAACAGAUUUUCAUUAAACGGUUUUUCUUAUAAAUGUUUUAUUAAGACCUUUUGAAUCUGAGGAAGUUAUUACUUUUUUUUCUUAAGCUUCGUUCCACAAGCACUCCAUACUCUUGGAAGCUUUUGACUCGCCAUCCCCUUGACUUCGAAACAGCUCAGCUCCACCAGGUUACCAUGCAAGUGAAAGACAUCAACAGCUCUUUUGCUGUCAAUCAGAGCUUCACCAUCCACGUCACGAAUGUAAACGAGGCUCCCGCGUUCAUAGCACUAAGUAAUCGGAUGAUUGCCGAAAAUUCACCCCACGGAACCGUAGUUGGGAUAAUUAAUGUCACCGACCCAGAUGAAGUGUAUGUACCGCAAAGGAUCACUUGUGGUUUGCGAAAUGAUGCCGGCGGCAGGUUUAAGGUCAGCGGUCUAGCAUUAACAGUACUGGAUUCCCGGAUGUUAAAUUUUGAAGCCCCAGAUGGUCCGGAUCAUUUGGUCGACAUUGAAUGUCAAGAUCAGGACGGUGAUGCAACUCAGCAACAGUUUAUUAUAGCGGUGACCGAUGUCGAUGAGCCACCUGUCAGAAUAGAGUCAUCAAGUGGAAAAUUUGAGGUAUUUGUAAUGCCACAUUCUUUAGUAACACGUCUCUUCCUUAGGUGAAUUCUCAUACAGUGAAGGUUGUCGCCGAAAAUAUUAUCCGCCAUUUACUUUUGGCAAAUAGAAAUUGCCUGGGCGAAAAUUGUCAAAGAGUAGUUGGAGUAUAAUUUCACCCUAAAACCUCCACAAUCUCCUCGACUAAUGUCCUUGUCAAGUGAUCUACAGUAACAAUUUCCGUCUUUGAAAAUGAAUGGAGUAAAUUAAACAAAAUUUCGUAUGUGCUUCGUUCCAAAGGAGAAAAAACUCAUGAAAGAGCUUGUACAAUCGGCUUGUAUGUUCAUUUUGGAUUUCCUUUUAUUUUUGUCGUUAUAUUUUCCGUGAAUUUCAUUGCUUCUCUAUACCACCAGUUCUGAGAAUUUGUUGUUUUGUAAGGGGAAUUUCUUUCGGUGGUAUUUUUUUUUUUGGGAUCACUCUUUUGCAUCACUUUUAUAGUGUUUUAUCAUGCUUAUGUUCUCUAGGUCGCGGAAAAUUUGAACCCCGGAUCUUUGGUCUCUGUUCUUCUCACGAUCGAUGAAGACAAAGGUCAAAAUUACUCCUACAGUGUUACACCUGGUGAAUUGUUCAGCAUUGUACAAAACCGGUUGGAAACUCGUCAGAGGUUCAAUUACGAAGAGCGAAACGUUUACUCCGUGAACAUAACAUCUACAGAUAGCGGUAACCAAAGCUUGACGCAGGAGGUGGUGGUUAGUAUUCUCGACGUCAAUGACGCACCAACGGGAAUAGUGCUACCACAAGGAACAGCAAUCGCGGAAAAUAGUAAAGUGAGUCAUGAUUAUAAAGUGUUGAAUUUGACAACUUUCCUGCACUUGCGAGCAAAGUUGAUGAAGAGCAUGUCUAUAUAUCCCGCGCAACAGUCGCUUCCGUUUCCUUUAAGUUAGGGCUAAAAUGGCGAAAUCAGGGCGAAAAGGAACAAAUAGUGUUGGAGUAGAGUUGGAGGGGUGAUGAAGUCAGUCACCGCUACCGUUUCCUUUAAGUUAGGGCUAAAAUGGCGAAAUCAGGGCGAAAAGGAACAAAUAGUGUUGGAGUAGAGUUGGAGGGGUGAUGAAGUCAGUCACCGCUACCGUUUCCUUUAAGUUAGGGCUAAAAUGGCGAAAUCAGGGCGAAAAGGAACAAAUAGUGUUGGAGUAGAGUUGGGGCGAUGAAGUCAGUCACCGCUACCGACAACACUCCUUCUCAGAACUGGCCUUAUGCUGACGAUCCGAUUACAGGAUCAAAUGUUACCACCGGGCUCAAACCACUCACUAAAAAUACCCCUUUCCCCCCCCCCUCCCCGUUCCCACCUACCACAAACACUGCUCAGGUGGGCGGGCCUGCACCACUGUCCUCCGUCCGAUUUUUUUCCUCCUCGUCGGAGUGAAGCUUAUUGGUUAUUUGGAAAGUCGUGGGGGAGCGGGAGGUUGCUAUAGUCGAGGUGUGAUGGACCGUGAGUAUGGAGAGCCUCACCAGAUUAAAGAAUUUAAGAAUCCCGCAGUAUUAAUUCAUAAUGCUAGGAAUUUAAAAUCUGCUGCUGGUAUCUUGCCAUUUCCAGGUUGGUUCACUGAUUGGAGAGUUAACUACAAUGGACGAAGAUCACGGCCAGAUGCACACUUACGUCAUUCAAGCCCAGACUCCCAGCGGCGUUUUGUCUCUUGGAGGCUCAAACAAGCUUUACAUAGUAGACAGCAGUGCUCUUAACUAUGAACUACACCGUCAUGUAAAUAUCACUAUAACAACGACAGAUAAUGAUGUACAUUUGCGACUCUCUAAAGUUGUGACUUUGACGCUUGCUAUUGUCGAUGUAAACGAGCCACCGAACGACAUCCAGCUUUCUUCGGCUAGUGUGAAAGAGAAUUCCCCUAUCGGGACAGAAGUGGGAACAGUGACUGUACGAGACCCUGAUACCUUUCCCCAGAGGUUUCGAUGUCGGCUUCGGAACGACGCCUCCGGCAGAUUUGGAGUCAAAAUGAAUGCAUCCAGAAUCGUGUUAUUUCUCACUGGAAACGGUUUAGAGGUGAAUUACGAGAAACACACAUGGCACAAUAUCACUCUAAUUUGUAGUGAUAGUGGUGGUUUAUCAUACGAGAAGGCAUUUGUUAUUAAAGUUUUAGACGCGAACGACCCUCCCUCCAAUGUGAUAUUUACCAAUUCACCAGGCGAUACUAUUUUCAACCCGAAUCCACCGGUCAAUAUUUCAGAUAUCAAGCUAGUAACCCAGGCUGUUGCGACUGUUAACGAAACGGCCGAUGUCGGCAUCACAAUUGUGGCCUACGUCAGAGUCAUUGACGAAGAUAACUCUAACAAUCCUUUGCGGCCUCAAACGCACACAUGUGAACUUGUGAGCGAGGCUGAAGCCAAGCUUUUUGUCACUGUCGACGUACACGAGCCGCCGAAGAAGAGAAGAAAACGUUCAAGUGAUAGGAACUCCGUGCCUUCAGAAUUCAUGAUACAGCCUGGUACAAAUUCAUUAUUAGUUCGUGAACCGCUCGAUUACGAAAUUCGAGCUAAUUAUUCCCUGUAUGUGAAAUGCUCAGAUGACGGUGUUCCUAAGUUAUCCACGGUCGGUCCGCUAGUGGUGUUUGUGUUAGACGUUCCCGAAGCGCCAACUGAUGUUUUAUUUUCUUCACUGACGAUCCCUGAAAACGCAAGUAACGGUGAUGCAGUGUGUAAUUUUACUGUCGUGGAUGCUGACUUCACCACGUCGGGUUACUUGUAUGAACUGACAUCACGUGGUGUACCGUUUCGGCUGAUCGGUAAUCGCAUUAUCGUGUCACGUGUUCCACUCGAUCAUGAGGUCACGCCCCUCAUUACAGUCCAAUUGACAACAGUGGAAAUAUUCACCGAUCUGAAAUUUGUCAAAACGUUUGAUAUUACGAUAACCGAUGUCAACGAACCGCCUAGUAGUGUUACGCUUGACGGAAAGACGAAAGUGAGUGUUCUUGAAAGUUCAGCAAUCGGACAUGUGCUCGGAAGAUUCGUCGUGGAAGACCAAGACGUGAACGACACCUCGUUUACUAUUACAAUCGAAGGAGAGCAAAAUGAAAUCAUAGGAGACUUUGAGGUCAGCGGACAAGACCUUGUGGUGGCAAGCCAGCUAGAUGCAUGGUCACGUGACCGAUACCUACUCAAGGUGCUUGCAACUGAUCGUGGAGGACUAAGUGCUGUUAAUGUAAUAACCAUCACUGUAGAGGAAGUUGAUUUGUGCGCAUUGAACAAGAGCUAUUGUAGUCCUUACGCUAUCUGCAGCCGAGCAGGCCCGGGCCGAGCCUCAUGUGGGUGUAAACUCGGUUUUGGUGGUGAUGGCUUCCGCUGUAAUGAUAUCAACUAUUGUAAUCCAGACCCAUGUCAUCCCGGAAACGCUAUCGGUGUUUGUCGGGAUGGUUUUGGCGGCUGGAAGAAUUACUCGUGUGACUGUAAACCCGGAUGGUCACCUCCUGAUUGUGAUGUGGAAAUCAACGAAUGCCGCCCUGAUCCUUGUAGUGUGAACGGGUCAGAGAACUGUGAGGAUUUAAUAAACGAUUUUCGAUGUAACUGUAAGCCGGGUUAUAGCGGCAGGCUUUGCGAAACAAACAUUAACGACUGCAAGUCGGGUAGCUGCCUUCACGGCGGCACAUGUGUAGACAAGGUAAACGGUUAUAUAUGUCUUUGUAAAGACCCGUAUAUUGGGGUGAAUUGCGAUACUGACGAUAGUAUCUGUCGUGAAAACCCGAAUAUUUGCCCUCAUAACGGAACUUGUAUCUCAUAUGCCGAAGAUCCGUUGAAGUUUUCUUGUCGAUGCGAGGAGCCCUGGGGUGGAAACUGCUCAGGCUGUGCACCAGGUUACGGCGGACAGAAUUGCACGCCGUGUGUAUAUCCGAGGACUGGGGAAAAUUGUGACUUAAACUGGGAAAACUGUAAACCAGAGCCUUGUUUUCAUGGCGGAACAUGCUAUCCUCUAAGAGGUGAAGACUUCUCGUGUGUCUGUCCACCAAAGUACUCAGGGAAAACUUGCCUAGAAAACAUUGUCGUAAAUACAGACGCUGGGGAGAGUGGAAAGCUUACGAGACUCAGUCCAGCGGGACUGUACUCCUUAAUCGGCUGCGUUGUAUUCCUAUGCGUGAUUAUUUUCGUCAUAAUCAUCAUCUGGAGAAGGAAAAAGCGUCGAAAAUACAGAUCGAACAGUGCUCGUGUUGAAUACCCGAACAGACGACAGAAACCGGAAGUGAGCUCAACUUUUAGAGAAAUGAUGCAGCAUAAUGAAAACACUUUUGAAAAUCCGGCGUACAUCGCCGACCCAGAACUCGAUGCUGUCAUGGAAACGGUCGUCGAUGGUACGUCAAACGUCGACACCGUUUCCAGGGUGACAGAGAUCAGGCUUUCAGGUACUGCGGUAGCCGUUGCUCGAGAUAAUCCCAUGUAUGAACCAGCUGAAGAAGUCUUGAGAAAGAACAAGGCUGUCGUGUGUAAUCCGAUUUUUGAGGAUGACUCUGUGGCGGAAAACGUGAACAACAGAAACUUGCGACUUUGGAGAAGACCCGAGCAACUGACUUUCUCAAAAUGUUAAACUCCACAUGGAUAUUUUUUAAUGUUAUUGAUUGUAUAUCAGCCUAUUUAUUUUCAAAGUCUACUUUUCAUAGAUCAUCUUUUGCAAAGUUUUUUCUUUUAAAUCUACGCAAAUAGCUUAGAGCCUCAUUAAUUUUUGAAUAUGUUAAGGUGGCUCUGAACUGCAAAUUGCAGAUAAUGUUUAAAAUGAACGUAUUCGUUAAUAGGUACAUUAGAAAUAUUGUUCGCAAUGUAUUUUUACGCUAUUGUCGGUUGUUACUUCUGUCAUACAGAAUUAACUUAUCGAAAUCAUGUUCAGUGAGACAAGGUUUAGAACCUUCCAUGUUUUAGGUAUUUAUUAAUUUUCAUUCGUGUCUUGAAGAGUUUUUUUUACCUUAAUUAAGUGGUACUUAAUUAUCUUUUCGUGAAUCUAGUGACGUUCCCUUCCAUUCAACCUUUUACUCCAGAUCAAAUGUGUGAUUCUCCUCUCUAAAAUUAAUGUAUUUCCUAGUGUAUUAAUUUGGAGAGUUUGCUGUUAGAUCUGUUUAUACCAUGUGGGUGAUAACUUUGUCGAUUGUCAUUGCCUGUUUGCUCCCUCAUCGUAGCUAGACGUAACACAUCGUACAGACAAACUGGGGCCCUGAGAAAGAAACCGCUCCAGACGGCGCAGCUCUCAAGCGCUGUUUGUGUUUUCGUGCAAAGCUGCUGUAAUCAAUUCUUACCACGUAUAAAAUCAAUUGAACGUGCUCUCUCUAACGCAGUCUUUGUAAAGUUUAACUCUUGUAAAUAAAAUCACAGCGUUUCGCCUUGUAUUUAGCUUGGAACGAGAAGUCAAAUAAUAGUUUCAUUUAUACAGCUUAACCCUUUAAUCCCUCGGGGUGACAAGGUUCUAAUUUCUCUUUACAAUCUAUCCCUUGAAUUAAAUGGUUAAUUCACGAGAAUAUAGGAAAUGAUCAGGAACUAACGAAGCUCUUGAUGGUUUUAUUAAUUCUGCUUGUUAGAACCAAGGGAAUAUAUAUAUAGAGAGAACGGUAUUGAAACUAUGCAUAAUGAUGUUAGGGUUUAAAGUGUUAAUUUGAGAAUAUGUACAAGUUGCGUG